AUGGCCCAAGCCGCGAACCGCUGGUCGCGGCACCGGCGUGCUGAAGCCAUUGGCCAGGUCGAGGUCCAGGGAGGUUGGAGAGGAGCCCGUCAGGAGGCGUGCCCUGAAGCAAGGAAGUUGCAGGAGUCCUCAGAGGUACGCGACAGCGAUGCAAAUAGCGAUGCAAUGCUUCAGCUGAGAUCUGGCAUUUCCAUGCCUCGCUUCGGUCUUGGUACCUGGCAAUCCCAGCGAGGGGGCGAGUGCCAGCGAGCUGUUGCAGAAGCUUUAAGAGUCGGCUACAGGUUGAUCGACACAGCUCAGAUCUACGGCAACGAGGCCGAUGUGGGACAAGCCCUGCAAGAUGCCCGGAUAAAGAGAGACGAGGUUUUCAUUGUAACGAAGCUCAGUAGCCGAGAACAUGGGGGCAACCAUCCCGCAGCUGCUCUGAAAGCUUCUUUGGCGCGCUUGAAGCUAGAAUACGUGGAUCUCUUUCUGAUUCACAGUCCCCGGGGUGGCUUUCUAUUGGAGACAUGGGAUUCCCUCGUCAAGUUACGCAACUCUGGCCGAGAGCUGCCCGAGGUCAACCAGAUCGAGCUCCACUGCUUCUGGCAGCAGCGGGAGACAGAGAGUCUGUGCCAGAAAUUGGGCAUAGCUUUGAUGGCUUACUCUCCCCUGGCACGAGGGAGCCUCUUCGGCUCGACCGACCUGGCUCGGCUCGCCCAAGAGAGUCUUUGCUCCGAAGCCGCUCUCUGCAUCCGCUGGGCUUUCCAGAAGGGCUUCGUGGUCAUCCCUAAGUCUGUGAACCCGCAGCGGAUCCAGGGAAAUAUCAAGGCCCUCAGCGGGCCAGGCUUGACGCCUCGGCAGAUGCAGGAAAUUGACCUCUUGGACCAAGGCUUCUGUUCUUGCCCAGCUGCUCGGGCUAUGCAGGUACCUUGGGAAGAGGUGGCAACCAAGGCACCCGUUCGUGGCAAGGGCAAGGGCAAGUCCAAGUCCAACGGCAAGGGCAAGGCUUCGGGAGACUUGCAAACCACUUCGUGGGCUGAGGCAUUCAGCUAA